AUGGCUGCGCAGAACGGCGAGGACGUCUACGUCACGCUUCUGCUCAGCGACACAUAUCUUCCAGGAGCUUUGGUGCUCGCCCACUCCCUGCGCGAUGCCGGAACCACCAAGAAACUGGCCGUCUUGGUCACGCUCGACACUGUGUCGGCCGAGGUCAUAACGCAGCUCAAGCCGGCGAACCUCUACCUUAUGGACCGCGCCGAUCUUCACUCUGCAUUCACAAAGAUCAACCUGUGGAAACAGACCCAGUUCAAAAAGAUCGUGUACAUAGACGCAGAUGUCGUCGCUUACAGGGCCCCCGACGAGCUGUUCGAUUUAGACCACCCUUUUUCCGCCGCCCCAGAUAUCGGGUGGCCUGAUCUGUUCAAUACGGGAGUUAUGGCCCUGACGCCAAAUAUGGGCGAUUACUAUGCACUGAAGGCCAUGGCCGAGAGAGGUAUUUCGUUUGACGGCGCAGACCAGGGCUUGCUGAACAUGCACUUCAAGAACAACUACAACCGCCUCAGCUUCACCUACAAUGUGACACCGUCCGGCCACUACCAAUAUGUUCCCGCUUACCGCCACUUCCAGUCCAGCAUAAACAUGGUCCAUUUCAUCGGAAGCGAGAAGCCGUGGGCUCAGGGCAGAGAAGCAUCCUCUGGAGGAGGCACGCCUUAUAAUGAGAUGCUUGGUAGAUGGUGGGCUGUGUACGAUCGCCACUACAGACAGCCGUCCCCUCCCCUCACACCGACGGACGCGACUCAGAAGCACAAGGUCCCCGAAAUUGUCCAGUACUUUGUCAAAGGCGAAUUUCAGCCAAAAACAACCACCUAUGUUGUUCCGACCGGCCAGCCACCGCUCCACCAAGGUAGAUCCACACAUGAUGCGUAUCAUCAUGCGCCACCACCCUCGCAACCUGACCACCACCACCAGCAUCACUACGAGCAGCCUCAUGAACAUCACCAUCAUGAGCCUUCGCCCCCACACCACCAUGAGAAGUCUCAUCCUGGAGACUACGUCCCGCACCCUUAUAUACCCCCUUCCGUCCCUAGCGAUUCGUUGAGUAAUGUUGUUGAGGGGACAAAAGCUGAGGCUCGAGAAGAGCAGGUUUCGGGGCCCCAAGGAUGGGCUCCUGUAGUACACCAUGAGGAGAGGGAGCAUAAGCCUGAGCGACCCCCAGCCGAGUACAGCUGGGAUGCUCAAAGACAACCUCCGCCUGCAGAUUCCAAGCCUGAGGCUCUGAAUUUCCCGCAGACGCAUUACGAGAUGUCUUCCGAUCCAGCUCCAUUCGUCCCUCCUCAGCGAUACCCAAGCCCUCCGAAGAACAUGUGGUAUGAGGUACCCAAAGAAAAACCUGCUUCACGAGCCGAGAAGCCCCGGCCGAUCUUCCCCUGGGAAAUUGAACAGCCGAGGCCCUCCCGCGUUUUCGCUGACGAACUAUACCCUCCCGAGCCAUCUUUGACCGAGGGUUCGACCGUUGCGCCAUCCGGUAGGAGGACAUUUUCACUGGAAUCCCACACGACGAUGACUGAGCCUUCUAUGACAGAGUCAUCCAUCGCGGAUCACAAGAGCGAGCCAAGCUCCCCCGCCACGCCUACCAUCCGGGUCACCCAUUCUGAUCCCUGGGCCUCCUUCACACGGGUCAACGCGUGGGACGAUGAUCCUGCUAUUGACAAAUACGUGGGUUCAAUGCCAUUAUACCGGAAGCAUAGGAGCUCAGGCAGUAUCGUGGGUCAAGUCUCACCACGGGCUCCGGGUGGUAGUGGCGUCGGAUCCCAGUCAGAGACAUCAGCCGGCGCAGAAUGGCGAAGACGCGGUUCCAAACUGACCGACUUCCCAACUGCUGUCGAGCGACCCAGUCUCCCUGUCACGCCUGCGCCUAUUCGUCGGCCGAAGUUCUGGGGCGCUGGUGGCCCAGGAAUCGACGACGAGGGUACGGACGAUGGCCCCCAGCUGCCGGCGGCAGACGGCGUGCCCCAGCAGUCGGAGUGGGACCCCGUAGCGCGGCUGCAACUGCUGGCGAAGCAACAAUCCGAGUUGCUGCUGCAGAAGCUCGGCGCUGGCGAGGUGUCUGGAGGUAGCGACACUGGUGGCGCGACUGGCGGAGAGAGCCACGACAUACCCAACCGGCCGUUGCCCUUCGGCUCGGAAGACAUCGUGUCGCCAAGGUAUAUCGCACGUUCGUCCAACGUCCUGAGUCCCCAGCCUGUGAAGCCACCCGGAGCGGGACCCCAGGGUAUCUUGGGCCAGGGCCAGGGCGACAGCGAGGCGACACCGCGCAGCACCAGUGCGACUGCCACCGAGACAGCCAAGCCAGCAGAGCCCGGAAGCUCGAUCCCGGAACCGUCAUUCCACGGCCCCGGGGCGGCCUGGGAGAAGGACGAGGAGUAUCUCAGCCACUCGACGGCGAUGCCCCCGUCCGAGGAGGAGAGGGAUGUGCUGCAGACGUGA